AUGGCCUCCGCCACUGCCGCCUGUCCCGAGGCCGCGGCCUCCGCCUCAGUCUCCACCUCUGCUUCCGCCUCCGCCACGGAGGCCUCCGCCACCGCCUCUGCCACGGUCGCCGCCGCAGCCUCGGCCGCCGCCGCCGCCGCCGCCACUGCCGCAGCUGUCGCCACGGUCGCCGGUGCUGCCGGGCCGCUGCCGCGACCUCCCUCCCGCAGGCUGGGGCUCGCGCAGGCGGGAGACGGCGGGGCGCGGGGGCGCCGGCCCCGGGCGGGGGCGCGAGCGCGGCGGGGCGCGGGGGCAGCCCCGGCGGUGCCCGGGCCCCGGGUGGCGAGCGCGGGCAGGAGCGCGCCGCUGCGAGUCGCCGCCGCUGCAGCCGCCGCUCACCGUGGACCCGCGCGCGGGCGGGCGGCGCGUGGUGGGGGGCAGGAGGUGUUGGCGGCUGUGGUCCGGGCAGCUGGGAAGGCUUCUGUCUCUUUGGUUCCCCUUGUGGCUGCUGCGGGGCGCGGGCUGCGGGGCUGCGGGGCCGCGGGGCGCGGGCUGCGGGGCUGCGGGGCUGCGGGGCCGCGGGCGGCGGGAGGAGGCGGGACCGGGAAGCCGGGGCUGGGGGUGACGCGCGUGUGA